GGAGGAGCCCAGUGGAAGGACGGUGGGCGUGGCCAGCCCGGAGCGGCUAGAGGCCGCGCCCCCUUCCCAAGGUGCACCGCAGCCGCUGCCAGCGUGAGUCUCUUCCUUGUCGGCCCCCGCGGGCUCGGAGGACUGUCCGGCCAUGGAUGGGCUCCGGGCUAGUGCAGGGCUGUUGCGGCGCGGGCGCCCGAGGCGCCGGCGCCAGCCCCAGCCACACAGCGGAUCGGUCCUGGCCCUACCCUCGAGGCCCAGGAAGAUACGGAGGCAGCUGAGAAGAAGUGUUGCGUCCCGCAUGGCAGCGCUGAGGGCCCAGACGCUGCCGAGCGAAGACUCGGAGGACUCGAGGGUGGAGUCCACGGCCGAAGAUCUGGGGGACUCUCUGCCUGGCGGGGCAGCAGCGGCGGCGGCCGCCAUCCCGGACGCGGCCCGGCGAGAGCCUUACGGCCACCUGGGGCCUGCAGAGCUGCUGGAGGCCGCGCCCGCCACGCGCUCCCUGCAGACCCCGCCGGCGCGCCUGGCGCCCGCUUCGGCGCCGCCCGUGCGCCUGGUAGAGGUGCCCGCUGCGCCGGCGCGCGUGGUGGAGAACUCGGCUUUGCUCUGCACAGCCCAGCACUUGGCGGCCGCCCCACAUUCCGGGGCCCCUGCGAUGCUGUCGGGGCCGGAGGUGGAUAGCACGGGUGGGGAGCUGUCCUGCGACUCCCCCCUGCAGAGCGUCUUGGCGGAGCUGAACCGCAUCCCCAGCAGCCGGCGGCGAGCGGCACGCCUCUUUGAGUGGCUCAUCGCGCCGAUGCCGCCGGAUCAUUUCUACCGGCGCCUAUGGGAGCGGGAGGCGGUGCUGGUGCGGCGGCAGGACCGCACCUACUACCAGGGCCUUUUCUCUACCGCCGACCUGGACUCGAUGCUGCGCAACGAGGAGGUGCAGUUCGGGCAGCACUUGGACGCCGCACGCUACAUCAACGGACGGCGCGAGACCCUGAACCCGCCGGGUCGCGCACUGCCGGCCGCUGCGUGGUCCCUGUACCAGGCCGGCUGCUCCCUGCGCCUCCUCUGUCCGCAAGCUUUCUCGACCACUGUGUGGCAGCUUUUGGCUGUGCUCCAGGAGCAGUUUGGAAGCAUGGCAGGCUCCAACGUUUACCUCACGCCCCCCAACUCGCAGGGCUUUGCCCCCCACUACGACGACAUCGAAGCUUUCGUGCUGCAGCUGGAAGGUAGGAAACUCUGGCGUGUCUACCGACCCCGGGUCCCAACUGAGGAACUGGCCCUGACAUCUAGCCCCAACUUCAGUCAGGACGACCUCGGUGAGCCGGUGCUGCAGACCGUGCUGGAACCUGGAGAUUUGCUCUAUUUUCCUCGGGGCUUCAUUCACCAAGCCGAAUGCCAGGAUGGAGUCCACUCUCUGCACCUCACCUUGUCAACUUACCAGCGCAAUACCUGGGGUGACUUCCUAGAGGCUGUACUGCCUCUAGCUGUGCAGGCUGCGAUGGAAGAAAAUGUGGAGUUUCGGAGGGGUCUUCCCCGAGACUUUAUGGAUUACAUGGGGGCCCAGCAUUCUGAUUCUAAGGAUCCGCGAAGAACCGCUUUCAUGGAGAAGGUCCGGGUCUUAGUUGCCCGGCUGGGACACUUUGCUCCUGUGGAUGCUGUGGCUGACCAGCGAGCCAAAGACUUCAUCCAUGAUUCUCUGCCCCCUGUUUUGACUGAUAGGGAGAGGGCACUAAGUGUUUACGGGCUCCCAAUUCGCUGGGAGGUUGGAGAACCCGUAAAUGUGGGGGCCCAGUUGACAACAGAAACAGAAGUCCACAUGCUUCAGGAUGGGAUAGCUCGUCUGGUGGGUGAGGGAGGCCAUUUGUUUCUCUAUUACACAGUGGAAAACUCACGCGUUUAUCAUCUGGAAGAGCCCAAGUGCUUAGAAAUAUACCCCCAGCAAGCUGAUGCCAUGGAACUCUUGCUUCGCUCCUACCCAGAGUUUGUGAGAGUAGGGGACCUGCCCUGUGACAGUGUGGAGGACCAACUUUCCUUGGCAACCAUGUUGUAUGAUAAAGGGCUGCUGCUAACCAAGAUGCCUCUAACCUAAACUACUUUCUUGUUAAUUGCUGGAAACAAGGCAGUAGUGAUUCUUCCCUAGCACUGCCACUUUUUUUUUUAAAUUCAUGUUCUUACCUUGAUAAUCAUCAGUGUGCUCACAUUUACCUUUAUGACUGCUUCAAUGUCACAAACCUCAGACGGUCUUCUAGGAAGAACCACCUCAUCUAGGUACAAAUGUAAAAGCAGACAUUGGAGGUGGAAAAGUAACCUUGAUCCCUGAUCAUUUCAGAGCACCAGCUUCAUCACCCUUAGGCUUCAGUGUACUGUGUAGCACUGGUCAUGUCAUUCUGCUUGAGACUUAGAAGUUUUUAUUUGGAAUUUGCAUCUUUCAUUUGAGUUUUCUUUCACCAGUUUGGGGGGAGGGUUGGAGUCAAUAUCCUGUUUGUUAUUAACUUUGUAAAAUGGACGUUAGAAAAGUUAUUAAAGUGCCAAAGACUGUUUCCCUUU